AUGAAGAAUGCAUUUCUUAAUGAGGAUCUAGAAAAGAAAGUGUAUAUGGAUGUUCCUCUAGAGUUUUCUUCUCUAGCCACCGAAGGGAAGUAUGGAGAUAAGAUCACUGUGCUUAUUGUUUAUGUGGAUGACAUUGUAGCGACAGGCAAUGAUGAAGAAAAAAUGUCCAAAAUCAAAGCUCAACUUUCUAGGGAAUUUGAAAUUAAAGAUCUCGGACCUUUACGCUACUUCCUUGGAAUUGAGAUUGCUAGAUCAAAUAUGGGCAUCUUCAUUUCUCAAAGGAAGUACAUCUUGGAUUUGCUUGAGGAGGUAGGCAUGUUGGGAUGUAGUCUUGCUGAUUCUUCUAUUGAGGCUAAUCACAGGCUCAGCAGUAGUGACGGAGAACAUGUUGACAAAGGGAGGUAUCAACGGCUUGUGAGAAGACUGAUAUACCUUUCUGAUAUCAAGCCGAAUAUUGCAUAUGCAGUUGGUGUUGUUAGCAAAUACAUGCAUGAUCCUCAGACGGGACAUUUGGAUGCAGUUCAUUAG